GUGUGUUCUACGACAAGAAAAACCUUAAAAUAUGCAUUAUCUGACUUAUAUACCGUCGAAAAAUAUUCUGUUUUUUACAAUUUUGCAGAAAUUUCUACCCUAUCUUACCGAUCAUUAAAGUGGGUUAUUCUGCUCAAAUUAUUUUGGUUAUAACCACGCCUAACAUUUAAAUUAUAAUGUAUAUGCAAAUAAGGUGAAAAUAAUUCACUAAAAUAAAACUCACUAAUUAAGAUAUAAAAGUGUGUUAUCAUUGUCCAGUUAUAUUAAAAGAAAAUCCGCAUUACGACCAUGGAUGAUAUAGAUUUGUUAGAGUGGGACCCGAUUUUUCUUACGCAAAGUUCGUAUUCUCAAGUAAGUGAAGAAAAAGAAACUGACAUUCUAAGUUAUUUUGAUUUAAAACCAAGUGAUAAUGAUUUGGAAAUUACCCGUCAUAAGUUUAGACACGGUCAACCAGAGACAGUUAAAUCCCUUCAAAACAAGAUAGAGGAAUCGGUGCCGAAAAAUUCAGUAAAGAAGUAUAAAUGGGGUUACAAUGCUUUCAAUAGUUGGCAAGCCGAGCGCCGAUUACGUCCGAUAUCAGAUAAUUUAGGAAUUCCACCGAAUUGUUUGCAAAAGGAUUUGGUACACAUGGACGAAACAGAACUGUCCACUUCAUUACAGUAUUUUAUAGCAGAGGCCAAGAAAAAAGACGGGGGUACAUAUCCGUCCAAUAGUGUUUAUGACCUGUUUUCCUCAAUACAGGGAUAUAUUCGCCAUCAAAAGUCGUCAAGUAUUAACUUCUUCACGAAUCCUGAAUUUCUUAGGGCUAGACAAGUGUUAGAUGCUGUCAUGAAAGAAAGAGCAACUGAAGGUCUCGGUGCAAAUACGCGCAAGCAGGCUGAUGUGAUAUCGGUAGAUGAAGAAACGUCACUAUAUGAUAAAGGUAUCCUUGGCGUGGAUAAUCCCCAACAACUUCUAGACACAUUGCUUUAUCUAUGUGGUUUACAUUUUGCAUUAAGGGGAGGCACUGAACACCGACGGCUCAGACUUAAUUCCAAUCCGCAAAUAACUGGCCCAUUUCAAGAUAAGGAUGCUCAAUUAAGAUAUCUGUUGUACAAAGAGGAUGUUUCUAAAGCUAACGCGGGUGGCCUAAAGCACAGAAAAGUUGUUCCAAAAUGUGUCCGAGCAUUCGAAAACCCAGAAAACAGAAAUAAAUGUAUUGUUACAGUAUUCGAAAAGUACAAGUCACUUUGUCCAGCUAAUGGAGGAAAGGAUUGUUUCUACCUAACACCUUUAAAACAUAUCAAAGAUGGACAAUGGUAUGGCAACAAUCCUAUUGGACACAACACUUUACAAGGCACUGUGAAACGGUUGUGCACAAGUAUUGGGCUGACAGGAAAGCGCACAAACCAUAGCCUCCGAGCAUCUGCAGCAACACGCCUAUAUAAUGCUGGCAUAGAAGAACAACGCGUUGCCGAAACAACAGGUCAUCGUAGUAAUGCAGUUAGAGUAUACAAAAGAACUUCUUCUGAUCAACAAAUAGAGGCAUCGAAGAUUUUAUAUGGAUUAAGACCGUUAGACGCAAGAAAGAAGGCAAAACCAUCGGCAGCUGCGGGUGCACCAGUUAGUGCUUCGGUUGAAUAUUCAACGGAUGAAAGUGACAAGAAAUCUGUGACAUGCAACUUUUCUCUCAACUUUUCGUUAUGAUCAAUUUAUGUAAAAUAAAAUGAAUUAAAUCUGUUAACAACCAGUUAAAGUAGUUUUUCAAUCAGGAUAAUAUAAUGA